AGUUUCAGAAAUUUCAGGGGAUGUCAUCUAUUUCUGAUACAUAUACUGCUUAAUUAUUACAAUAGUAUAAUAUUAUAUUAUAGAACUCGUGCCAUUGUAGCUUAAUUAUGGCGUUCAAGAAAGUAUCGCAUGUGUUGUUUGAUUUAGACGGUCUGUUAAUAGAUUCUGAAAUUUUGUACACGCAAGCGUUUACCACUGUUUGCGCUAAAUUUGGCAAAGAAUUCACGUGGGAACUGAAGUCAAGCCUGCUGGGCUUCCAAGGCCACGAAUGUGCGGAGAAAAUAAUUACAACUCUAGGGCUACCACUUACUGUACAAGAGUUCAUGAAAUUAUGUCAAAAGGAAUAUGAGGUACUGUUCCCCAAAGUCCAGCUCAUGCCAGGUGCACAGAGAUUGGUAGAGCAUUUACACUCCAAGGGUGUUCCAAUAGCACUGGCUACUAGCUCUGCUCAAGAUAGUGUGGAUAUGAAAAUGAGGAACUUUCAAGAGUUUGUGGGUCUGUUUCACCACCUCACCAUGGGCUCAACGGACCCUGAAGUUACCAAGGGCAAGCCAGACCCAGCCAUUUUCUUAGUAUGUGCCUCCAGGUUUCCUGAUAAACCUAAACCUGAAGAUUGUCUUGUAUUUGAAGAUGCAGUUAAUGGAGUAAAGGCAGCAAAUGCAGCAAAUAUGCAAGUAGUAGCAGUACCGGACCCUCGCAUAGAUCCCGCCUUACUAAAUACUGCCACUUUAGUCUUGAAUUCAUUAGAAGAAUUUAAGCCAGAGCUAUUUGGUCUACCAGCUUUUGAUUGAAAGCUUUAAAAAGGUGAGAUAGUUGAUAUAUUUUUGUUGCUUAUAUGUUCUAACUUGUAUUGAUAGAUGGUUGUUAAAACUAAUAGAUUUUAUUUAUAAAUGUAUAGCACAACAUUAAGGGGUCAUCCAUUAAUUACAUCACACGAAUUUCUAGGUUUUUUGACCCCUCCCUCUCCUUGUCACACUUGGUCACAUUUGGCAAACCCCUCCCCCCUGGUGUGACGUCACAUUUUUGGCAAUUUUUUUCAACAUAAUCGGCAAAGCGAAUUAGGUACUAUUGAUAUUUUUUUAUCAAAUUAGUCGGGCAAAGUUGAAGGCACCUCCCCCUACUAGAUGAUGUGCUCAAAUCACUGCACCUAUGCAAUUAAAACUGCACGAGGCCAUGCGCUUGGCGAGGAAUAGAAGCCUAUGGAGACAUCUCGUCUUCAACAGAAGGACAUGAUGUCACGAUCCUCAGCAUUGAGGGACUGACUGAAGAUGAUAUUUUAUCAUAAUAUUUUUGACAAAAGAAAUAUUAGUAGGUAAUCAUAACACAAAACCGAUUAGGCAAGAAUAUUAAUGGCAUAAAACUAUUAUCGUUCCAAAACUUGUUAUUUAACUGUACAGUGAAUAAAAAAAUUAAAUAACAAAGUUUGUGACUCCCCCCUCCCCCUUGUCACAACAAGUCACAUUUUCUUAAACCCCUCCCACCCCCUAAACGUGUAAUGUAAUUAAUGGAUGACCCCUUAAGAUUGGCAUCAUUGUUACUGAACCAAUUAUUCUAUUACUGUCAAUAUCCAGAAUACUUAUUAAGAAAUCAUGUUAACUCAUCUAGUCAAACAAUAUUAGUACUUAAUACAAACACAUAGUACUUAUUAGUAACUGUCAUAUCAUAAUAUAGAACUGGAAAUGUGUUAUGUUAUUAGUUAUCUCUUUGUAUUCAUUUCUGAAUUACCUGAGCAAUGCUGUAAUUUUAAGAACACUUCAUGACGUUUUUUAGGCUUUACAUUUUUAAUGACACACAUUAUUAUUUUAUUUUAUUAGAUGUAUUGAAGUAGUUUUAUCGCAAUAAACUGCAAUUUAGAUUUUGUGAG